GGCACUUGCUAUUGCAGAGAACAUGCCCAGAUUGCGCCACCUCCAGCUUUUCGGAAAUAACCUGACUAAUGACGGCUUGCAGGCCAUCCUUGACGGUUGUCCUCACCUUGAAUCACUUGACCUACGGCAAUGUUUCAGUGUCAAACUGACAGGGAAUUUGGAAAGAAGAUGUGCUCAACAGAUUAAAAACUUGCGUCUUCCCCAUGAUUCCACUGAUGACUAUGAAUUUGGUGCUGAACUUGAUGGUUAUGGUUCUUUUGAUGAUGACUACCCAUCUGGGUCGUCGGACAUAGAUCAUUUGUCUCAUUCUGACUAUUAUGAAUUCUCAGAUGGCAGCAAUUUCUCCGACCUCUAUGACUCCGACUAUGACUACGAUGACUACUAUGACAGAAAUCAAAAUGUUAACUAUGGAGAUUUUUAUCUUGACUAGCUUGAAUGAAAUGACUCCUCUCUCCCAAUAUUUUGAAUGUUUAAUAUUAGUAUCGUAUUGAUUUUA